CGCCCCGCGCCCGCCCGGCGCCGGCCCCGGCAUGAAGACGGCCCCGGCUGCGGCUGCUGCGGGCGAGGAGGCGCCGCCAGGCGCGCGGUCCGUCAAGGUGGUCCUGGUGGGCGACGGCGGCUGCGGGAAGACGUCGCUGCUGAUGGUCUUCGCCGAUGGGGCCUUCCCCGAGGGCUACACCCCCACGGUGUUUGAGCGGUACACCGUCAAUCUGCAAAUGAAGGGCAGACCUGUGCACCUCCAAAUCUGGGACACAGCAGGGCAAGAUGAUUAUGACCGCCUGCGGCCCCUAUUCUACCCUGAUGCCAGCGUCCUGCUCCUCUGCUUUGACGUCACCAGCCCACACAGCUGUGACAACAUCUUUAACCGGUGGUACCCGGAGGUGAAUCACUUCUGCAAGGAGGUGCCCAUCAUUGUUGUGGGCUGCAAGACUGACCUGCGCAAGGACAAGUCGCUGGUGAAUAAGCUGCGGAAAAAUGGGUUGGAGCCCGUGACCUAUCACAGGGGCAAGGAGAUGGCAAGGUCCGUGGGCGCGGUGGCCUACCUCGAGUGCUCGGCUCGGCUCCACGACAACGUCCACUCCGUCUUCCAGGAGGCAGCCGAGGUGGCUCUCAGCAGCCGCAGUCGCAACUUCUGGCGGCGGAUUACCCAGACCUUUUGCGUAGUGACCUGACCAGCUUGGUGCCCUCCCUGCCCCUGACUGCCCAGGCAGCACCAGAAGGAGCUGGGCACUGACCUCCUGCCGAGUUGGCUGGGCUGGACCCAGUCCCCAGGCUGUGACUGCCGAACUGCACCUCAGCAGAUGGGUACCACCAAGGCUAGGCCCCAGGGUCUGGGAACCCUGGAUGGAGGAAGGCUGUGGAGGGCUACUGCUGGAGUCACCUGGAAUCACAGACUCCCAGUGCCCGAUCAUGAACUGACAUCCUGGAGUGGCCUGUGUAGCCUGACCUGGCGCCACCUCGUAGCUGGUCUCAGGGCUGCACCUGCAGGACCUGGCAUUCUUAGGACCAUCCUGCCAGAACCCCACCCUGGCCCUUCCCCCUUGGCCCUGCCUGUCCCAAUGGUAAGUGUAACAACUAAAGUCACAUCACUUGUC